UUGCGAUCUGCCAGCUGAGAAAAUGUCAUCUGCAAAAUCGGUUCAAAUUAUAUUGGUAAUAUAUCUCAUUCUUAUCGAUCAGCCAGCAGCUCAGGCUUAUAAGAUGGGUCGCCUAGAGUUCGUAAUGGAGCAUAUGGCAAGAGAUUUGGAAAGCCCGCGGCAUAACAUCAGCGUGGCGGAAAGCGAGCUAAUAUUAAAAGAAUUUUCAAAUUUUGGUGCAGCUGUAAGCAAAGAGGCCAACGAUAACAACCGGGAGAUACAUGUAGCUAAUGGACAGACCUAUUCCAUGUACUUUGAUUUCACACGGAAAAAUAAAAACAAGAAGUACAAGUUUCAAUUCAAUAAUGUGAAAGCUCCAAAAAAGCAGUAAAAUGAUGAAAAAGAAACAACAUAACUUAACUAAAGUAAAGUAGGGUGAGGUAUGCAUCGCAUCCAAGAAACAUUCACAGUGGAAACUCAUAAACUAUUGAAAUAAAAAAACAAAUCGAUAUAAUAAUAAAUUAACCAUAAUUAAAGCGAAACCAAUUAAUAUUAACCGAAA